AUGGCUAGCGGCAAGAGAGCGGCGCAGCUGCUUGCGGCAUGCGCGGCUUUCUCGGCGCUUGUGCUUCUUGUAGGAGUGAGCAGCGUUAUGGUGAAGCAUGCGAGAAAGACCGUCUUGAGCCCUCUCUUCACUGAGAACACUGUCCCCACCCUUGAGUGGAACGGGCUCCCUGAGGGAGCAAAGAACGAUGUCUUUGCCGACAGUGAGCACCCAGAGGAGUACAACACCAAGGACGGAGCAGACGCGUUCGGACCCAAGGGCCAGUACGGGAUGUGGAUGGGCAUCAGCGGCCAGACGAAGAACAGCUUCGGGUGCGGGCCGAAGGGACCGAUGGACUGCAGCGUAGGAACGACCCCGUCACAGCACUGGGCUGUUCGCAGGAGACAGUCGGCGAUCAAGCAGCAGUUGAGCCCUCUCUUCACUGAGAACACUGUCCCCACCCUUGAGUGGAACGGGCUCCCUGAGGGAGCAAAGAACGAUGUCUUUGCCGACAGUGAGCACCCAGAGGAGUACAACACCAAGGACGGAGCAGACGCGUUCGGACCCAAGGGCCAGUACGGGAUGUGGAUGGGCAUCAGCGGCCAGACGAAGAACAGCUUCGGGUGCGGGCCGAAGGGACCGAUGGACUGCAGCGUAGGAACGACCCCGUCACAGCACUGGGCACGCAGGCCCGUGUUGAGGCCUUCGCAGAAGCUGUUCCUUGAGAAACGCCCCGUCAGGGAGAUUGUCUACUACUAAUGCAGGGCCAGUUGGUUGUCUGCUCAAUGCAUCGAUGAUUGUGAUGUCUCAUGUCUUGAAUGAAAGUUCAUUACACGAC